CUUAAAAAACAUAUUUACGAAAACAACUUUCAUAAAACUUAACAUAACCUCAAAUAAAAAAAUGGAAACGUGUCGAUCGUGCGGUUGCAAAGGGAUAAGAACCUGUCUUUUAUGCGAAACUGAACAUAAAAUACAAAAAGACACUGAUUUAAACCUAGAAAAUGGGAGUUACGUUUAUUGCCCGUUUUGCAAUAAAUCAUUUGAAGGUUGGGAAUGUUUUGAUUAUGAAGAACACCCAAACCAUGGAGGAAAGAAGUCUUACGAGUUUCCGGGGAUUUAUAUUAAAUUAGAUUUUCUGUCUCAAAGCGAAGAAGAAGCUUUAUUAAAUGGUAUAGAUAAUAUUCCAUGGGUUCAUUCACAAAGUGGUAGAAGAAAACAAAACUACGGCCCUAAAUGUAAUUUCAAAAAGAAAAAGAUUCAAUUGGGCGACUUUAAAGGUUUUCCAAAGUUCAGCGAAUUUGUCCAAGAAAAAUUUAAACAAAUUAAGAUUUUAAAUAAUUUUAAAACGAUCGAACAAUGUUCGUUGGAGUACAAUCCACAACGAGGCGCUUCUAUUGACCCCCAUAUUGAUGAUUGCUGGGUUUGGGGUGAACGAAUUGUUAGUGUUAAUUUGGCUGCUGACUCCGUAUUAACGAUGACGUUUAAUUCAAAACUUCAAAGGUAUAAUUUGGAAGAUGUUUCAACUUAUCCUUCCGUUUUAUUAGAAAAUGGGGAUUAUAACAAAAAUUAUGAUUCUUUUAAAAUAAUACAACAACAAAAAUUCGACUCUUAUCCAGUUAUUCGUGUUCCCAUGCCAAGGAGAUCUUUAUUGGUGAUGUUUGGCAGUGCUCGAUAUGAAUGGGAACAUAGGAUAUUACGUGAAGAUAUAAAAUCAACAAGAGUUUGUUUAGCAUAUCGAGAAUUUACCCCUCCUUUUCUACCUGGAGGUGAUAAAUUCGAGAAAGAUUCAUCCAGACUAGUGUCACUUGAGGAUGAAUCAUACAUUUCAGCAGCCGGUGUAGGUUGUGAGGAGAGAAGUGCUAUCUCCCGAAAAAAUUUGAAACACCAUCCUUGAUAUAGAAAAGGACACAAGAAAGGACCAGUGUAUGUUUUACAUUGAGAACUAUUUGGUGGUGUAUUAGAAGGCAUGUUUUAUAUAAAUUUGCUGAAAUUUUGAGUAAUUGUCAAAAAUUUUAAAAUUGUAA